ACAAUUGGCGCAGGACAAGUUACAAAACCAAAACAAGCAACGGCAAUUGUUUAAAAACUGCAAAGUUACUCCCAUUUAAAUACCGGAAAAUGUUAUUUCGCAAGGCUCGCCGACACUUUCUGCCGUUCUACAUGUUCAAUGGAUUCUUGUGACAGCGCAACGAACGAUAUCAGCGUUUGCGUUACAAUAGCUCAAAUAUUGGUCAUCCGAGGCAUGAGCUUACACACAACAGCCUGUUGGACAACUAUGCGAACAGCAAUGUGAUAAUAAACAUUGACAACUGCGCGCUCUACAGCACCAAUGUAAGAAUUUAAAUCUCAAAACCCAUUUCGAAUACUAACGAUCUUAUUUUCUUUUCGCUGAUCUGGCAACGCCAAGCGGCCAGCUGAUCGAAAGUCGAUAACCGACGGCUCGCACGAUCGACAGCGACGUCGCCGCCAGCGGUUUUUAGUCAUUUUUCGGUUUUUCUGCGCAACGGUCGCUUUCGGUUUGGCAAUCGCCUGCGUCAUCUACACGCUCCACACAAUGGGCUGGAUUUUUGCUGUGCUCGUCGCACUGGUGGCUCUGCUACUGACGAAACCCGGCUGGCGCUGGUUCUACAUAGCGGGUGCGACCGCUAGUCGCGAUCUAACAGCUCUCUGGGCCUAUAUCAAGCUGCUGAGGUACACGAAGCGCCAUGAGCGGCUCAACUACACGGUGGCGGACGUCUUCGAACGAAAUGUUCAGGCCCAUCCGGACAAGGUGGCUGUGGUCAGUGAGACGCAACGCUGGACCUUCCGUCAGGUGAACGAGCAUGCGAACAAGGUGGCCAAUGUGCUGCAGGCUCAGGGCUACAAAAAGGGCGAUGUGGUGGCCCUGUUGCUGGAGAACCGCGCCGAGUACGUGGCCACCUGGCUGGGUCUCUCCAAGAUCGGUGUGAUCACACCGCUGAUCAACACGAAUCUGCGCGGUCCCUCCCUGCUGCACAGCAUCACGGUGGCCCAUUGCUCGGCUCUCAUUUACGGCGAGGACUUCCUGGAAGCUGUCACCGACGUGGCCAAGGAUCUGCCAGCGAACCUCACACUCUUCCAGUUCAACAACGAGAACAACAACAGCGAGACGGAAAAGAACAUACCGCAGGCCAAGAAUCUGAACGCGCUGCUGACCACGGCCAGCUAUGAGAAGCCUAACAAGACGCAGGUUAACCACCACGACAAGCUGGUCUACAUCUACACCUCCGGCACCACAGGAUUGCCAAAGGCUGCGGUUAUCUCUCACUCCCGUUAUCUGUUUAUCGCUGCUGGCAUCCACUACACCAUGGGUUUCCAGGAGGAGGACAUCUUCUACACGCCCUUGCCUUUGUACCACACCGCUGGUGGCAUUAUGUGCAUGGGUCAGUCGGUGCUCUUUGGCUCCACGGUCUCCAUUCGCAAGAAGUUCUCGGCAUCCAACUAUUUCGCCGACUGCGCCAAGUAUAAUGCAACUAUUGGUCAGUAUAUCGGUGAGAUGGCUCGCUACAUUCUAGCUACGAAACCCUCGGAAUACGACCAGAAACACCGAGUGCGUCUGGUCUUUGGAAACGGACUGCGACCGCAGAUUUGGCCACAGUUUGUGCAGCGCUUCAACAUUGCCAAGGUUGGCGAGUUCUACGGCGCCACCGAGGGUAAUGCGAACAUCAUGAAUCAUGACAACACGGUGGGCGCCAUCGGCUUUGUGUCGCGCAUCCUGCCCAAGAUCUACCCAAUCUCGAUCAUUCGCGCCGAUCCGGACACCGGAGAGCCCAUUAGAGAUAGGAAUGGCCUAUGCCAACUGUGCGCUCCCAACGAGCCAGGCGUAUUCAUCGGCAAGAUCGUCAAAGGAAAUCCUUCUCGCGAAUUCCUCGGAUACGUCGAUGAAAAGGCCUCCGCGAAGAAGAUUGUUAAGGAUGUGUUCAAGCAUGGCGAUAUGGCUUUCAUCUCCGGAGAUCUGCUGGUUGCCGACGAGAAGGGUUAUCUGUACUUCAAGGAUCGCACCGGUGACACCUUCCGCUGGAAGGGCGAGAAUGUUUCCACCAGCGAGGUGGAGGCGCAAGUCAGCAAUGUGGCCGGUUACAAGGAUACCGUCGUUUACGGCGUAACCAUUCCGCACACCGAGGGAAGGGCCGGCAUGGCCGCCAUCUAUGAUCCGGAGCGAGAAUUGGACCUCGACGUCUUCGCCGCUAGCUUGGCCAAGGUGCUGCCCGCGUACGCUCGUCCCCAGAUCAUUCGAUUGCUCACCAAGGUGGACCUGACUGGAACCUUUAAGCUGCGCAAGGUAGACCUGCAGAAGGAGGGCUACGAUCCGAACGCGAUCAAGGACGCGCUGUACUACCAGACUUCCAAGGGUCGGUACGAGCUGCUCACGCCCCAGGUUUACGACCAGGUGCAGCGCAACGAAAUCCGCUUCUAAGAGCUGCAAUAGAGUUGUGUCUGAACCUUGCCUUUUGCCCAAUAUGCUGUUAAUUAGUUUGUAAGGCUAAGUGUAGUAGAGGAAAAUCGGGGGAAAUCGGCAGCAAAGAUCAUUCAGCCUAGGAGAGAUGCAUCCGAAGCACAUUUCCAUGUCAACAAUGCACUUUUGUAUAUCGUAAGCAUAUAUAUAUCGUAUAUCGUAAACGUAGUUGUAUCUGCAUUUGUGUAGAUGAUAGCCUCCUAUACGCAUUUCAAUUGUUUUUAGCGUGCUAAAGAACCUUGUUAAAUGCAAUUUCAGCUAUUGUUUAGUCAGUUUUAGUGGCAUUUACACUUCCAUUCUCGUUGCGUUUCGUUUUUGCCUGUACAUAUGAGAAGCUCUGAUGUUUUUGUAUCAAAUAAAGUUUAUUCCUUCACCACGGACCACGUAUUUAAAUUCGCAGUCUAUCGUGCGGCAGAAUGACACCAUUCCACCUGCAUACAAAUGAUUAUGUGCGAUUCGCUCCUCGACUCUCCGAUCUAUAGAAAUGCAUAGAGAUAUACUUACACUCAUACCCAUGCUGUGAGUAUUCAAUUAACCAAACUUGAACCUUGUCGACGUUCAAGUGCAUGAAAUUAACGAGAAUUUUUAAUAGCAUUAUAUAAUAAUCUGUGAAUCAGCUAACGACAAUAACGUUUAAUAGAAGAUGCGCCCUUAAUUUAAUUAUGGUUCUACUCCGCUUUCUGUGAUUUUUGAAAAGUUGAGAAUAUAACUACUCACUGCUUGCUUACUCUUUCAUUAUCGCACUAUUAGAGAUACCCAUUUAAUGGACAGCAAUUAAGGGGUAAUUAUAUUCUAGCAGUUAGCUUGUUUAAGCCAGUGCUAGUAUUGGUAGCAUCAUUCAAUCAGAAAACGUUUCAAAUCUUUUUGAUAUUUUAGAAGAAUAAUGUAACACAAUGAGUCUUUCUUUCAAAGAAAAACCAAAUAAAGUACUUACACAUCCACUUUUAAGAGAACUU